CGAGACAGAGAAAGGAGUGGUCCACUCUCUAUCCAUCGAAGAAGAAGAAGACAAAGAAAGACGAGCAAAUAGAGCCGUUGAAGCGUACAAUCUAAGGCAUUAGCCCAUAAGAAACCAAAAAAGAGUAUUCUUUUUCUCUUUCGAUUUCAAUAUAAGUGAAGAGAGAGAGAGAGUGAGCGAAAGUCUCAGUUUUCAUGGUUUCACGGGACAUGGCGGGUUUAAACGACGACGUCUCACUCGACAUUGAAGAGAUCUACAAUGGUGGGAAGGAGCAUCAUGUCAAAACUUGCCAUGGUUUAGUUUCAGUUGUAGUCUAUGGAGAUCAAGAGAAACCAGCAUUGAUCACUUACCCAGAUGUAGCACUUAAUUAUUUGUCGUGUUUCCAAGGAUUGUUUCUCUGCCCUGAAGCAGUGUCCUUACUCCUCCAUAACUUCUGCAUCUACCAUAUUAGUCCCCCAGGACAUGAGUUCGGAGCUGCUCCAGUUUGUUCCAAUGAUCCUUCGCCUUCUGUUGAAGACCUUGCGGACCAGAUUCUUGAAGUAUUGAACUUCUUUAGCCUCGAGGCGGUAAUGUGCAUGGGGAUCACAGCUGGUGCCUACAUCCUUUCCUUAUUUGCUAUUAAACAUAAAGAUCGAGUUUUAGGUCUGAUUCUGAUAUCCCCUCUAUGCAAAGCACCCUCAUGGUCUGAAUGGUUUUAUUACAAGGUAGUGUCAAACUUGUUGUACUAUUAUGGCAUGUCUGGAUUGUUAAAAGAUCGUUUUCUUCAGAGGUACUUUAGUAAGGAAGCUCGUGGUAGCUCUGAAGUUCCAGAGCGGGAUGUAGUACAUGAAUGCAGAAGACUGCUCGGUGAAAGACAUGGUAUUAGCCUUAGGCGGUUUCUGGAAGCAAUUAACAGGAGACACGACAUAACUGAUGGGUUGAGAAGUUUGAAAUGCCGUACACUCGUUUUUGUUGGCGACCAAUCUCCUUUCCACUCUGAGACUCUUCACAUGGUGGCUGCAUUGGACAGAAAAUACAGCGCCUUGGUUGAGGUGCAAGCUUGUGGAUCAAUGGUGACAGAAGAGCAACCACAUGCGAUGUUGAUACCAAUGGAGUUCUUCUUCAUGGGGUUUGGACUGUAUAGGCCUGGUCGGGUUAGUGAUAGCCCUCGGAGUCCACUCAGUCCGUCGUGUAUUUCGCCGGACCUUCUCUCUCCGGAGAGUCUUGGUCUCAAGUUAAAGCCCAUAAAAACUCGGGUUCCCACGAUAUGUUGAAGCAUUGAUUCAUUCUUUUCUUUCUUUCAUAUUUUGUGUACCAAAUCAUAAUAUUCUUUAAUUAAAUUGUAUUUGUUGUACUCUG